GCACAUUUGUAAGCAAUGGCUGCCAUCCGGAAGAAAUUGGUGAUUGUUGGGGACGGAGCCUGUGGCAAGACUUGCUUGCUCAUCGUUUUUAGCAAGGACCAGUUCCCAGCGGCGUAUGUACCUAUGGUGUUUGAGAACUAUGUGGCAGACAUUGAAGUGGAUGGAAAGCAGGUCGAGUUGACCUUGUGGGACACAGCCGGGCAGGAGGACUAUGAUCGCUUGAGGCCCCUCUCCUACCCGGACACGGAUGUGAUCCUGAUGUGUUUCUCCAUCGACAGCCCUGAUAGUUUAGAAAACAUCCCAGAAAAAUGGGCUCCGGAAGUCAAGCAUUUCUGUCCCAAUGUGCCCAUCAUCCUGGUUGGGAACAAGAAGGAUCUUCGAAAUGAUGAGCACACAAGGCGGGAGCUAACCAGGAUGAAGCAAGAGCCAGUCAAACCGGAAGAAGGCAGAGAUAUGGCAAACAGGAUUGGCGUUUGGGGGUACGUGGAGUGUUCAGCAAAGACCAAAGAUGGCGUGAGGGAGGUUUUCGAAAUGGCCACGACAGCUGCUCUGCAAGCCAGACGUGGGAAGAAGAAAUCUGGGUGCCUUGUUUUGUGAGCCUGCUGCAA